AUGAUGAGUCCCAAUCGUGGCUUUAUCCUGCUGCUCCUCAACGGCACCGCUUGUCUGGUAGCCUUGGGUCAAGAAGAAGACACGACCAGCUCCAAGACUUCAUCGGACGAUUCGGCGAAAACCGUUGGGCUGUUGACCGGUCAGACGCCGCUUUCGCCGCUCAGUCGCUGGAUGCUACACAGCAAAAGUCGAGCGGCGAACACCACAUCUCUAGAGCUACCGUACCGCUCCCCCGUGCCCUUCGCCAAGCAGGAAUUUUCCAAACAGGAAUUCUGGGAGAUGCUUGGUAGCGAUCUCCUAAAGCCGGACGCCUCAAGUUCAAGGGUCAAACGCAGGCCUAUCGUCAAAACUGGCAAAUUUAAGAAAAUGUUCGGAUGGGGAGACUUCUACUCCAACAUCAAGACCGUUCGGCUGAAUCUUCUCAUCACCGGGAAAAUUGUGGACCACGGCAACGGCACUUUUAGCGUCUACUUUCGGCACAACUCCACGGGGCAGGGUAACAUUUCGGUGAGCUUGGUGCCGCCCGUUAAGGCAGUGGAGUUCGAUUUGGAGCGUCAGAGCGUCGUCUACCCCAAGGACUCCAAAAUCUUCAACUGCCGCGUGGACUAUGAGAAGGUAGACCGCAGCAAACGCACCUCGCUGUGCAACUACGACCCCUCCAAGACCUGUUUCCAAGAGCAGAUCCAGAGCCAUGUCUCCUGGAUCUGCUCCAAGCCUUUCAAAGUCAUCUGUAUCUAUAUUUCAUUCUACAGCACGGACUACCGCCUGGUUCAAAAAGUCUGUCCUGAUUAUAACUACCAUAACGAAAUGCCCUACCUGCCGUCGGGCUAA